CUCUCUCUCACUCAGUCUCCCUCUCUAAUGGACAAAACAAAACUUUGUCUUUAAGAAACCGAACACAUCAAAACGCACCGUUUUUGUGCCAAAACAUCGAUCAUGCCCUCCACUUCGUUAGCUACUUCAUCUUCAAGCAAACUUCUCGAUCGCAAUCUCCCAAACUCUCCUUCUUCUUCCUCUGCUUCCGAACUCGGGUUCUUGUCGUUUUCCUCCGGCGAUAAGACCAUUCCCUCUGUUUCGAUGUCGGUGAAUAAGAAAUCCACCGUCUCCUGCUCUCUUCACUCUCCUCCGAUUCUCCGUUUCCCCAAACAGUCGCCGUCCUACCCUCCUCCGACACAGAAACUCUGCAACGAUGUCACCGUCGUAACCCCCGAGACGAAGGAUCACAUAAAUCAGAACUCGAUUAUGCAUAAUGAUGAGAAUUCGCCAUCUGAAUUGAACCCAUUUCAGAGAAUCGCUGCUAUGGCCUUAGACGCGGUGGAAAACGCCUUGAUCCAGCGCGAGCGCCGACAGAACCAGCUCCCGAAAACCGCUGACCCGGCGGUCCAGAUAGCCGGUAACUUCUCUCCGGUGCCGGAGCAUCCCGUCCAGAGUUACCUUCCAGUGACCGGAAAAGUGCCCCCGCGCAUUCAGGGAGUGUACGUCAGAAACGGAGCGAACCCGCUUCACCAGCCGGUCUCCGGUCAUCAUUUAUUCGACGGAGACGGUAUGGUUCACGCAGUCCGGUUCGAUCAAGGUUCGGUUAGCUACGCCUGCCGGUUUACCGAGACGAACCGGUUGGUUCGAGAGCGAGAACUCGGUCGCCCUGUCUUCCCAAAGGCCAUCGGCGAGCUUCACGGCCAUUUCGGCAUAGCCCGGCUUCUCCUGUUUCAGGCCCGUGGAUUAGCAGGACUCCUAGACCCGACCCGAGGACUCGGAGUGGCCAACGCCGGUCUGGUUUACUUCAAUAACCGGCUUCUAGCCAUGUCUGAAGAUGAUUUACCGUAUCAAGUCCGGGUCACUCAAACCGGUGAUUUAGAGACCGUGGGACGCCACAAUUUCUGCGGUCAGCUCAAAUCGACGAUGAUCGCCCACCCGAAAAUCGACCCGAAAACCCGAGAACUCUUUGCUCUAAGCUACGACGUCGUUUCCAAGCCUUACCUGAGGUACUUCAGGUUCACGCCAGACGGCGAGAAGUCGCCGGACGUCGUGAUUCCGUUGGACCAACCGACUAUGAUCCACGACUUCGCGAUCACCGAGAACUUCGUCGUGGUCCCCGACCAACAAGUCGUGUUCAAGUUGUCGGAGAUGAUCCGAGGUGGUUCCCCUGUUAUUUACGACAAGAACAAGAAAUCGAGAUUCGGGGUCUUGAACAAGUACGCGAAAGAUUCGUCUUCGAUCCGAUGGAUCGAAGCUCCGGACUGCUUCUGUUUCCAUCUCUGGAACGCAUGGGAAGAGCCCGAGACCGACGAGGUCGUCGUGAUCGGGUCGUGCAUGACUCCUCCGGACUCCAUUUUCAACGAACAUGACGAGAAUCUACAGAGCGUCUUGUCGGAGAUAAGGCUAAACUUGAAAACCGGCGAAUCCACUCGGCGACCGGUUAUCUCUGGCGAAGAGCAAGUGAAUUUGGAGGCCGGUAUGGUAAACCGGAAUCUUCUCGGUACAAAAACCAGGUUCGCAUACUUGGCACUAGCCGAACCCUGGCCAAAAGUCUCCGGGUUUGCCAAAGUGGACUUAACCACCGGCGAGAUUCACAAGUACAUAUACGGAGACGGAAAAUACGGCGGAGAGCCUCUGUUUCUGCCGGAGAAUUCAAUCUCCGGCGAAGAAGACGAGGGUUCGAUCCUAGUGUUCGUUCACGACGAGAAGAGGUGGAGAUCGGAACUGCAAAUCGUGAACGCGUCGACUCUAGAGCUGGAAGCCAUUGUCGAGCUACCGUCUCGAGUGCCAUACGGUUUUCAUGGGACAUUCAUAAGCUCAGAAGAACUAGAGAAGCAAGCAUAAGUUUAAAAUUAAAUUCAUAGCUUUAGGGUUUUAAAAUGUAUUUUAGCCUUAGGGUUUUAGUGUUCAAGUGUCUGAAAGAUAUAUACGUAUACAUAUAUAUAUAUAUAUAUAUAUAUAUAUAUAUAGAGAGAGAGAGAGAGAGAGUUGCCGGAGAGAUGGUUAUGGUUGUAAAUUGUAAGGACGUACCCGGGAUUGGGUCUCCACACUUUGGAAGCUUGUAUGUUUGUAAUUUUAUCAAAUAAUCCAAUUAAUGGACCCGCAUA